UAAAUAAGCACCUGCUGGCUGCUGUGCCUGCAAGGCUGCAGCUGCAAGGCUGCUUCGUGACCGCUAGGGCGCUAUGUAUAAUGUAAGCUUUCGUGUUACAGUUACAUUUGUUUGUAUUUGUUAAUAGUUUCUUAGGUUUUUAUUGAAUUGAAGAGCAUGAAUCGAAAGCAGUUCAAGAACUUUGUUGGAGUUUAUUUCAAUAAUGAGAAUUGGGCAGUUGUUCCACGGAGCUGGAUUUUCAGGAACUCAACUUGUUUGUUUGCUUACUGGCCUGGUGAAGGAAAUCCAAUCAAGCUGGCCCAGCAAAAAUGCCUUCCUGAUAAGAACCACUGGAAGAAAUGGCCAAUAGCGCAAGUUGCUGCAACUUCUGAUGAUUUUUCUGUGGUGGAAGGCAUGAUGCUUUCGGACUGGUCUUCGUCUUCCGAGGACGAGCUUGCCGCUGAUGCCGCCACUCCUCUGCCUCUGCCAGAAUUCAGUGCGCCAUCACAUCGGACUCCUCGACCUGAAGAGGGCGCUACACCUCUGCCCCUGCAAGACUUCAGCCCACCACCGUAUCAGACUCUUCGGCCUGAGGAGGGCGCUGCACCUCAGCCUCUGCCAGACUUUAGCCCGCCGCCGUAUCGGACUCUCCGGCCUGACUUGGACUUGCAACCUGACAAGAAGAGGUUGCGCUUGGCUGGUAAUAACGAGGAGAUUGAGAAGAAGUUAGUGCCUGAGGCCUCAGCCACUGCUGAUGCUGCAGCUGCCCAGCCCUCCGUGCAUGUCUCGACUCCCACCACCUCAGGGCCCUCAGGAGCAAGAAGAUGUCCUGCUCAACAAUAUGAGUCCAUCAACGAAGACUGGAUGAAAUGCAUCGACUCGAAGAUGGAAUGGCUCACCACAAAGUUAGAAAGUAUUGAAGAUAGAAUGAAUGCGAGGCUUGAUACAAUGGAAUCAAAAAUUGAUAAGCUGAUUCUCAUGGCUGAAAACAAGUCCGCUGCCGCUACUCAAGUCCUGAAGAAACCAGCCGCUUCCUUGUCAGAGCUUGAUAGCCUGGCCAAGGAUCCUCAUCUGAUCAAAAAGCUUCAACCGUACAUCGGAUGCAACUCUAAGAUGACGAUGAGGCGAGUGCUGAAGCGCUGCAUGACGCGAGAUGUGGCGAUGCUCUUCAGCUUCUCAGGCCUCAGUGUCAAGAGGCUGGCAACCAAGCAGGCCUUCGGCAACCACCCAUUGUGCAAUCGCAUUCUUGCCGGUGCCGCGGACCUGAAGAUGACGGAGACCAGGGAGGUGCUCGUCGGCUACAUCCAGGCCGCCCUCCGAGGGGCCCGGGACUGGGACGGCGGCAGGAAACUGCGACAUGGCGCCCCGCUGCCAUGCGAUGCAACUGCUGCUGUUACUGAGACUCAUCCAUCUGCUGUUGCUAAUUCCAAUUCUGGUAUAGCUACAGAAAUCGAUUCAGCCACGUCCAUCAGAUUAUCCAGUAAAUCAAAGCGACCCGUGGGUUGUCCAAUUGAAGUUUUAGAUGAAGAAAAUUCAAAUACUUCAGAAUCCACCAAUUCGAGUUACUCUUGGAAAGGAGCUUUGCUGGCUGAAUCUACCAAUGGAAUAUACAAUGUCAAUGGCUUUUCAUCUUCCUAGUUUACACUGGUAGCGUGUGAAAGUUCUAGUCAGUUUUAGAAAAUGAUGUCGGUUUAGAACGAGUCGGCUCGGUUGGAACGAGCGCUGUAUAAUAUAGGUAUUUCUCCAGUAUAUCUCCAGUCAUAUUUUUGGAAUUCCAUUUUUUCGUCCAUAAGUGUUUACAAGUUUAUGUUUUCAAGCAUGGUUUCAUUUUAUUAUUGGCCUUACUGCCAAAAUUGGAAUUUUUAUUUUAAUAUAAUUUUUGUUCAUGAGCUACACCCAAGUGUAUCCGUGGUGCUCUAAUGUUUGCUUUAUUUGUAUGGAGAAUUGGAAUUAUUUUUGAUGUUACAGUACUGCUGAGUUUCUGUACAUUUAUUGUUCAAUACAGUCAACAUUCAAUUGGUGCAUAAAAUUGUCAACUAUGAAAACAAUAUCACAACAGGAAACAAGCGCCCACGGCUCAAAUACAGGAAACAAUUAAUAAAUUUAUAAGGAUAUUAGUCAUCGUCUACUGAAGAUUUCGAUACUAAGCCCAUCCAUUCCACAGCUUGAAAAUUGUAUUAAAUUACAUCUUUGAGGCUUUAUGUUUUU